AUGUCUUCCUUUCCGCGCCGCAACUCUGAUCCAAUUAUCCCCUUCCCAUCCCGCCGAGGCGACUCUAGCAAAUCACGCCAAGCAGCUCUUCCCCGGCCUUUCGACACUGGUUUCGCCGGUACCCCUGCCACCUCUCUCGCAGGCUCUCUCUCCCGCUUGAGCGUCGCCACCCCCGACGCUUCGUCAUCUACUCCGUCGUACUAUCCGAGCGGAGACGACGAGUCCAGGCCACCUUCUCGGGCAAUGCACAAGCGUAUGAGGGUGUUGCGCAAACCGAGCCACACCGUCUCAGCAACGAGUGAUUCCGAGGACGAAGACGAGGGGAUAGAAGGGGAGGAGGGACUUCAUGUUGAUGAAGAGGCCAAAACCUGGCUGCUUCGCGGAGAAGAACAGCGUGAGAUGAGUGAGAAGAAGGAGAAGCGGAGAGAUGAUACUCCGCCGAGAGGUAUGGCCGAGACGUUGCCUCCCGAGAUUCUCCUUCAAGUAUUCAAAUACCUCCCUGCCAACCACGACCUCCUCUCGGCCCUCCUCGUCUCUCGGUCAUGGUGUCUCUGCGCCUUCUCCCUGCUCUGGCACAAGCCCUCCAUUCCGACCAUAUCCGUCCUCGGCUCCAUCGCCCGCGUUCUCAACUCUCCAAAUCGGUCAUUACCCUACGCCAACGCCGUCAAACGGCUCCAUCUCUUGGCAGUUGCACCUUACUUGGGCGAUGGCCUGUUCGAGUACCUCAGCGUGUGCACCAAGGUCGAGAGGAUGAACCUGACGGGGGCGACUAAACUGAGCGCCAAGGGGCUGUCGACGGUGCUGGGAUGUAUGCCGAAUAUGGUGUCGCUGGAUUUGACGAAUGUCAUACAUAUCGACGACUCGGUGAUGAAGGUGAUCGGGGAGCAGAAUACAAAGCUUCAAGCGAUCAACUUGUCCGACUGCAAGCUCGUUGGCGAUGAUGGUGUUCUAGCGUUGGUAGAGCACAACAAGCUGCUUCGACGGGUCAAAUUCGACAGAUGUCACCGCAUCUCCCCUAAAUCGCUCAUUCCCCUCAUCCGUUCCAAUCCCCUCGUCCUCGAAUACGAUUUCCAAGAGCUCCUCACUCUCUCCGACGCCGUCCUUCACUGUGUAUUUCUCCACGCCCCGCACCUCCGCGAACUUCGUAUCUCCGGCUGCACCGCCCUCACAGAGAACUGUAUACCCGACUUGGAGGAACUGGCAGACAUGUCGGAGGACGAAAUUGUGGCGUGCUCGGAGCGGAUUGGGUUGCAGCCUGAUCCGCUGAAUGGUGUACUGGGCUUGAGGCCGAGUGCAACGUCGUUUGAUAGUCUGAGGGUGGUGGAUAUGACGGGGUGUACGUCGCUGGGAGACCAGGCGAUUGAUAAUCUGGUCACGAACGCUCCAAAGCUGAGACAGUUGACUUUGAACAAGUGUUCGUCGUUGACGGACAAGAGUCUGGAUAGUAUUGGAAGAUUGGGGAAGCACUUGCACAAUCUGCAUCUAGGCCAUGUCUCUACUAUCACGGAUAGAGGAGUGAUCAACCUCGCUCGGUCAUGCUCAAGGAUCAGAUACCUUGACCUGGCGUGUUGUACCAACUUGACAGAUGCCUGCGUUGCGGAAAUUGGCGAGAGCAUGCCGAAAUUAAAGCGGUUCGGUCUUGUCAAGGUGAACAAUAUCACUGAUGAGGCCCUCUAUGCUCUUGUCAAGAAGCAUACCACCCUGGAACGAGUGCAUCUGUCGUAUUGCGAGCAGCUCACUAUCAAGGGUGUUGCUUUCAUGCUCAACAGGCUCAAUGGUCUCAAACAUCUGAGCUUGACGGGUGUGAGCUCGUUCAGGGUGCAGGAGCUGCAAAGUUUCUGCCGACCUCCUCCAGAGUCCUUCAACGAGCACCAAAGAGCUGCUUUCUGCGUCUUCUCGGGCUCACGCGUCAACGACCUAACGAGCUACUUGAACGAAUACUAUAUCCCCAACAUGGACGCCAACGACACUUCCGAAGACUCUGGCGCCGAAGGCCCAUCCUCCAGUACCUCCUCCCUCACCGUCCCCGGCGCUUCCCACGCCCCAUCUCCCGCUGGCCCAAGAUGCCGAACAGCACCCCAGCCGCCAUUUCAUCCGAGCUUGGUGUACCGCCGCAGCCUCACGCACUUGAGGGACCAAGAUGCCUGGAGGAGCAUCUCACCGGGGAUACCGAGUGAAGCAUUUAGGUCGUCGCCGGGAGUGAGUGGAGACCUUGGGCUGGGAGGUGGCAAUCCGGCUCUGGGUCCCGGUGCAGGGACGGCGGCGGCUGAGUAUCCUACCAUCCAACCACCUGUCUACCCGGCGUACCACGCCGGAUCACAAUACCCCACCCCUUCGCAGCAUCUUGCUCCCCAGCAGCCCGAUCCAUUCCGAGAUUCCUCUCGAUCUUCCAGCCAGCAAUCUCUCCAGCGGUCUUUGCUCGGCCGCUACUCGAAUGGACCAGGCGCUGUAGUCAAUGGGGGCGACACCCGAGGCCGACCAAUGGGUCCUCGAGCACCAUCAGGUUCUGGUCCUUACCCACGUUAUCAAAACGCUCCUCCCCCAUCGCCUUCGUCAUUUGCUACCGCUCAAGCACAUUCUGCUUAUGGCACUGCAAGACCCCCUUCUUUGAAUGCUUUCCAGUCUGCGGUGUCUACGCUUGGGAAUCGUACACAAUCUGUGGAUAGGGGACAGGGUUCGACGGGUUUGGAGGCAGGAUGGAGAGGUCACAGGCAGGCCCAAGGGCAGGGACAGGGGCAGGGGCAAGGUCAGGGAGGGCAAGAAGGAGGUGGGAGGAGGCCGCGGUGGUUUUCGAGGCUUGGAAGUAAUCGUUGA